AUGGCCCAGCGAUCGAAUCCACCAAGACGCGUACGGCGUAAACUUGCUCAUAUGGAUUCCUCAACCAGCACCUCCAUGUGCAGGGUAACGGAUGAAGAUGACGUCCAGCUGCGACGCAGUCCACGAAACGGGCAAAAUCCCGUUACUGCGAAAAAAAUUCUCCUAUGCCUCGAUUAUGGAACCACCCUAACUUCGAUUUCGUAUAUCACCUUCAACCCAGACCACCCUCCUGUACACGUCCAUCCAGGAGGAAUCCGAUCCAUAGCAAACUGGCCGAUGGCCAUUCGAUCUGCCAACGCAGCGGGCCCAUUUGUGCCUAGCGAAAGCUGGUAUCGUGAUGGGAAUUUCCUGUGGGGCCAUGAGGUGCAACGUACGCUACGCAAUCUAUCAGAGAAAGAUGACGCAGAUUCGAUGAACUAUAUCAUCCAACUUCCGAAACUGUUAUUGGAUGAUGACGGGGAGAGCGUUGAUGAUGAUCGGCUGUCACAGCCCAGGAACGCCCUCCGCAAGGUAGGUAGAACUGCCAGGGAAGCUAUUAUGGACUACCUCAUGAAAGUCUUUGAGCAUACCCAUGGCCAAUUGGGAAAAUAUGAGGGCUUCAAUAAUACUUGGGAGGUCGAACUGGUUCUGUGCGUGCCAUCCAAGUGGUCAACGUACGCGCAACUCACAAUGCGGGAAAUUCUGCUUGAGGUAGUAGACAAGACGGAUAUGAGAGGGAGGGAGUUUUCUAUAUUUAUUAUUGACGAACCUGAAGCUGCAGCAACCUUUGCCCUGCGCCACGAAAACAUCCGCGAAAAUAUCGAAAAAGGGUCCAACUUCGUUGUGUGCAAUGCCGGAGGUGGUACUGUUGACGCGAUCACCUACAAGGUGCGGCAGGAGGAUCCCUUCAGAUUCGAUGAAAUAGCCACCCCAACCGGGAAAUACUGCGGUUCAAGCUAUAUAAACCAGGCUUUUAUUGAGGAAACCAGAGAAAGACUGGCCCACAUCAUUAAGCUGGGCUGGGAGCCCAUAUAUUCCAAAGAAGCAGUCCUUCAACAAGACCUAUUUCGUACCUUUGAGAACGAGCUAAAACGAAUCUACGAUCCAGCUGACUGGGAGGAGGGUGAGAGUAGAGGUCUUCGCAUUUACUGCCUAAGGGAGGACCCGCCGAGGAAUUUUGGGAAGGGGAUGUUUUUCAUCAGAAAAGAACAAAUGGAUAACUACUACCGCCAAAGUCUUCUUGGAACCGUACAUUUGAUCAAGGAACAGCUGGAGCAACUUAAUGACGAAGAUGUCAAGGUCAUUCUCCUCCUUGGUGGGUUUUCUAGGUCGCCGGCCCUGAAAAGCUGCCUGAGCGACACUUUCCAGCCCCGCGGCCUUAAAAUCAUCCUUCUGGAUCAGGACAUGUAA